UUUUCACCUCUUCCCGUCCAUUUCACCUCUUCCCCCUCUCUCUCCCUCUGAGAAAUUUCCCAUUCAUUUCCUCAAUCGGUUCUCCCUCCUCCUCCUCCUCCUCAGCUCCUCACGGUUCGAUCGAGCCGUUCAAGUCCCCUCCCGUCCCGCCGGAGAAUCUGCGGCGGUUGUCCGGGCGAAUUCUUCUCCAUUGUCGUCGCGUUUCGAUAAGUUCCGUGUUGGUCGAUCAGGUUCGGGCAUGGCGGAUGGGGCUGCAUCGACGUCGCAGCCAGCAUUGCCGCCGGAACCGCCGCAGAGCUGGCGGAGGUCCGCCGGCGACAAGACCCGCCCUUUCGCGGAUCUGAGGAGCGUGCAGUGGCGUGUGAACCUCGGGGUUCUUCCUUCCUCUCCUUCUUCCUCCAUUGACGACCUCAGACGCGUGACUGCUGAUUCGCGGAGAAGGUAUGCAUGUUUGAGAAGACGCCUCUUAGUGGAUCCUCACAUUCUUAAGGAUGGAAGAGAUUCGCCUAAUCUUCUCAUCGAUAAUCCGUUGUCACAAAACCCAGACAGCACUUGGAGUCGCUUCUUUCGAAAUGCAGAACUAGAGAAAAUGGUUGACCAAGAUUUGACACGUUUAUACCCUGAGCAUGUAAAUUUCUUUCAAACACCAGGAUGCCAAGGCAUUUUGAGAAGGAUCUUGCUGUUGUGGUGUCUCGUACAUCCUGAGUAUGGUUAUAGACAAGGGAUGCACGAACUCUUGGCUCCAUUGCUAUACGUUCUUCAAGUUGAUUUCGAGCAUCUUUCUCAAGUGAGAAAGCUAUAUGAGGACCAGUUCACUGAUACGUUUGAUGAGCUUUCAUCUUAUGAUAAUGAUCUUUACCACUUUGAUGUUCGGAGAUCAACUGAUACUGAUGCAUCAGAUGUUGUUUCUCAAGGAAGUGCAAUGAAAAUGAGGAGUCUUGAUGAGGUUGAUCCUCAUAUCAAGAGAAUUGUAUUGUUAAGUGAUGCUUAUGGAGCUGAAGGUGAACUGGGUAUUGUCUUGUCUGAAAAAUUUAUGGAGCAUGAUGCCUACUCUAUGUUUGAGGCCUUGAUGAGUGGAGGUGAUGGGACAGUUGCCAUGGCUGACUUUUUCUCUUAUUCUCCUGUGGACGGCUCCCAGUCUGGCCUUCCUCCUGUGAUUGAGGCUUCUACAGCAUUAUACCAUCUGCUUUCAAUUGUUGAUUCAUCUCUCCACAGUCAUCUUAUUGAGCUUGGGGUGGAACCUCAAUACUUUGCACUUCGCUGGCUACGAGUUUUGUUUGGACGUGAAUUUGUUCUUGGAGACCUUUUUGUAAUAUGGGAUGAAAUUUUCAUGUUUGGCAAUAAUAAACUGGAUGAUAGCAAUGAAGAUGAUGGAGUGUCCACCUUCAGGCUUCUUGGCUCACCUCGAGGAGCAUUUAUCGCAGCACUUGCUGUGUCCAUGAUACUUCACUUGAGAUCAUCCCUGCUUGCCACUGAGCAUGCCACGUCCUGUCUCCAGAGAUUGUUGAACUUCCCUGAGAAUAUACACCUAAGUAAGGUGAUAGAAAAGGCAAAUUCGUUGCAGGAGCUUGCAUUGGAAUCUAGACUUUUAAGUUCACCUCUUCCUCCAAGCUGCACUUAUGAUCAAACCAAAUCCAUGGUAGUGAGAACCCGUGCCCUGUCAUCUGAUUCUGUUUCUCCAAGAACUCCUCUUAGUGUGGUACCUGAUAGCUAUUGGGAAGAGAAGUGGAGAGUGCUGCAUAAUACAGAACAACUCAAGCAAGGUAGUUCAGGCAAAGAAGUUCCAACCAAGAAGAAGGGAUGGUCGCAGAGGCUGAGACUGAGCCUUUCUAGAACAGAAUCUGAUCCAUUUCCAGUAAAGGUGGGGAAAACCAACCCAGAAGUUAACACGUCCAUCAGGCGGAAUUUGUUAGACGAUAUGUCCCAUCCACAUGGGUCCGACGAAGUUUCUGAGGAUAUAAAUUGCAAAACGAGUUCAGCGGUUAAGGAUCAGAAUAAAAUCUCCAUUGAAGUUGAUGCCAACAUAGAAAAUAAUUGCAAGGACUCCAUUCCAGUAGCAGAGGAGGGAUACUCAAGCAGAAAUGCAGAGAGUCAAGAGGGUUCGCCUUUAUUUUCGGGCUCAGCAAGUCCUCAUAGUGCGGCUUCUGACCAUGAAAAGGACACAGACAGAAGCAGUGUUGCAUCAAAUGGAUCCACUGAUGAACAAGAUCACUUCCAUCAGUCCACAGAAGAAAAUUUGCCUCCUGUCAUCACUGGGGAUGCUUCUGUGCAAUCUGGUUGUGAAUGUGAUUCCGUUGGGAAAACAGAAGAUUUACCUACAAUGGUCGAUUUACCAACAAUGGUCGAUGCUGAUGCACCUGUGAAAUCUGGUCUGUGCAAUGAUUCUAAUGGGGAUGCUCCUGUGCAAUCUUGUCCUGAAUGUGAUUCCGUUGGGAAAACAGAAGAUUUACCUCCAAUGGUCAAUGCCAAUGCUCCUGUAAAAUCUGGUCCGAGCAGUGAUUCUAAUGGGAAAACAGUGAUGGGCUUGAAGGAACGGAAACUUCUCUCUGGCAAGUUCCAGUGGCUCAGGAAGUUUGGGCGGAAUUCCUCUACUGAUGCAACAUCUGAGAAAGGAGGAAUCUCUUCUGAUGCCUUGAAAUUUUCUGAAAUUGAGAGUAACAAAGAUAAUUUAACGGGAUCUUUUAUGGGAAAUGGUUCAUCUAGUCCUUCAGUUACCAGAAAAGGAGAUGGAAGUAGCGAUCUGAAUGUAAUGGGGACCCUGACUAAUCUAGGACAGUCCAUGCUUGAACAUAUUCAGGUCGUCGAGUUGGUUUUUCAACAAGACAGGGUUCAAGCCGGCUCACUGGAUAACUUCUCAAAGAGUGCUCUAGUGGGCAACGGGCAGGUUACAGCCAUGGGAGCUCUGAAAGAGCUACGGAAGAUGAGCAACUUUUUAUCCGAGAUGUGAGGUCGGCUUAUAAUAUACUUCUUAUCUGUACAUAGAGUAGAGGCUUGAGUUUCCCGGGUUCCUCCCACACUGCCUAAUAAGUCAAAAUUUUGGCUUGACAUAAUGAUUGGCAUGUAAAUAUCUUGAUAAUGCAUGUAGCUGAAAUUGUUCUCUGGCCUGAGUUUUUGUUCGAGUGGCUCGAUCUUUAUUAUUA